AUGGCGCUCAAUCUAACCAACACAUUCCUCCAAGGAAGACCCUGCCCCCCAGUCCUUCCUCCCAAGAAGGUUUGCGGUGGCGGUGGUGGGCUGGGGAAUUGCCGGCCUGUGGUGACGUGCAGGAAGAAGGAGAUACACCCGCAGUUCUACGAGGACGCGAAGGUGUACUGCAAAGGGGAGCUGGUGAUGACGACGGGUGGGACCCAGAAGGAGUACGUGGUGGACGUGUGGUCGGGCAACCACCCCUUCUACCUCGGAAACCGGUCGGGCAUGCUCGUCGACGACGACCAGGUAGAGAAGUUCAGGAAGAAGUACGGAGAGCUCACUCAGAUCAUGGAUAUCCCCGUGCUCAAGGGAGAGAUUAUUCUGCCCUCUAGGCGCAAAGCCGCAGCUGGUAAAGGGGGCAAGAAGAAGUAG